CUAAAAGGAGGAAGCUACAUGUGAAGACUAUUACUGUAGCCUUUCACAAUCAGCCAAUCAGCCCUCCCCCUGUCCAAGUGGCGUUAAUAACCAGACACAGAGAGGAAGCUACGGAGCAUAUGAAGAUGAAUCCACGGACCCUCUCUGUGCUCCUGCUGCUAGCUGGGCCGCUGGGGGCGGACCCUGACUGGCACGUGGAGUACCCUGACUCCUUCUGCGUGGUGGAGGGCUCCACCGCCACCAUCCCCUGCAGCUUCACCCACCCCGCGGUGCACAAAAAGACCGGCGUGGUGGUGGAGCGGGUGGAGCGGGUGGUCUGGUGCCCCGAUCACCCGAUCUGCCACCUCACCAUACCCAACGUGUACGACAGCAGCACCGUCCGGGCCGACAGCAGGUUCCUGUACCUGGGGGACCUUGUCGGGAACUGCACCUUAAAGAUCAUCAAGACGGAGAAACGGGACGCUGCAACGUACCGCUUCCACUUCGUGACCAACGGCGGAGGGUGGACCGGACAGAAAGGAGUCAGAGUCACUGUUGUAAAGAACGUCCGUCUCACUGUGUCUUCAACAAAUGGAGAGGAUGUGAAGGUCAGAAGCUCCGUCACUGACCAUGUGGUGAAAGAGGGCGGUCAGGUCACACUCACCUGUACCUCAGCCUGCUCCUUCCACCAAUUGGACGUCCACUGGUACAGAAAUAGCCACGCCCUACCAGAGACAGGCCCCGCCCUCCACCUCAGCGGUCUGACCAAUGACGACACAGGGAAUUACACCUGCUCUCUGGACUCCAGUGGGCAGAAAACCUCUGCGCCUUGGUGUCUAUUGGUGGGGGAAUAUGAAGAUGGAGAGGUUGUGAAGGUCAGAAGCUCCGUCACUGACAAUGUGGUGAAAGAGGGCGGUCAGGUCACACUCACCUGUACCUCAGCCUGCUCCUUCCACCAAUUGGACGUCCACUGGUACAGAAAUGGCCACGCCCUAUCAGAGACAGGCCCCACCCUCCACCUCAGCUCUCUGACCAAUAACAACACAGGGAAUUACACCUGCUCUCUGGACUCCAGUGGGCAGAAAACCUCUGCGCCUUGGAGUCUAUUGGUGGGGGAAUAUGAAGAUGGAGAGGAUGUGAAGGUCAGAAGCUCCGUCACUGACCAUGUGGUGAAAGAGGGCGGUCAGGUCACACUCACCUGUACCUCAGCCUGCUCCUUCCACCAAUUGGGAGUCCUCUGGUACAGAAAUGGCCACGCCCUAUCAGAGACAGGCCCCGCCCUCCACCUCAGCUCUCUGACCAAUGACGACGCAGGGAAUUACACCUGCUCUCUGGACUCCAGUGGGCAGAAAACCUCUGCGCCUUGGUGUCUAUUGGUGGGGGAAUAUGAAGAUGGAGAGGUUGUGAAGGUCAGAAGCUCCGUCACUGACCAUGUGGUGAAAGAGGGCGGUCAGGUCACACUCACCUGUACCUCAGCCUGCUCCUUCCACCAAUUGGACGUCCUCUGGUACAGAAAUGGCCACGCCCUAUCAGAGACAGGCCCCGCCCUCCACCUCAGCAAUCUGACCAAUAACAACACAGGGAAUUACACCUGCUCUCUGGACUCCAGUGGGCAGAAAACCUCUGUGCCUUGGAGUCUGGUCGUGUUGGAAGAUGAAGGUAGACACAAUGUGACAGCGACUGGAAAAGUCAAGUCUUUCUGGCUCCUGACGGUGUCGGUGGUGUCGGUGGUGUUGGCUGGGUUCCUUCUCCUCCUGGCUGGGCUGGUCUUCGCUAAAAGGAGACAAGCACAAAAGAAGGCAUCAGACGUGAUUCAAAAACUGGAGGUGGACUGUAAACAGGAAGCGGUGGGAGCUUCAGAGGAAGUCAGCUAUGCAACCGUCCACUUCAAACGCAAUUCCUCGAGGUCAGCCCCUGGACCGGAACAUGAGAUCGUCUACAGCGAGGUCGUUGGCUGAACCAAACUCAAGCAGUGACUCCUCUUCCUCCUCCAGUGAUGAUGAUAUUGUGACUGACAUCAUCAUGUCUGUUGUUUGUCAUAUAAUUAUUGGUUGACUCUUGUUCUUUUCAGUUUUUAAUUCUGCUUGUAACCUUUCUGAUUGCAGUGUUUUAUAAAUUUGAGUUUUCUUUCUUCAUUG